UUGUUUCACGCCUCCUCCUGAAGCGUGCUACGGAGCCGAGUGAUUAGACCGUAAAUUUAGGACUUCUCCCGAAUCAAGACAAAAAGGCCCGGGCGGGAAAUCGCAUAUAUAGCGGUGAGGACAAUUUUUAAUGUCUGCUUUGCACCCAUGUCGCCAAGCUUUGCAGUCAGAAGAUUUACUGGGGCGCCAGGCUCAGCGAAGUUCAACGAGGUCGUAGAAUGCUUUAAACAAGCAUACUCGGAUGAUCAUUUCGCUCGUAGCGUGACUGGGGGGAAGGCCGAGAUAUAUCAUCGCCUCAACUACUCCGUCCUUCUUUCUGGUAUCCUGUCUGGCGAAGUGUAUAUCAUUGAAGAGGUUUCAAACGGGAACAAAGUUGUGGCCGCCGCUGUCUGGUUCCCUCCAAAUCGCGAGCUGUUCGAGGAGAGCGAACAAGGCAGGGCAGUCGGGCCGUUCAUGGCCAGUCUAUUCCCCGAACUUGGACAGUGGUGGGGGACAAGAUUCCUUCCAGAAUAUAACGAUUUCGCCAGGACCAAAUUUGGAGAGGGCGUCAGGAAAGCGGCCUGGCAUCUCCAGUGGAUAGGAACCCUUAGAUCGUAUCGUCGCAGAGGUUUGGGAACGAUGUUGAUUGAUGUGAUUCGCGACAAGAAGAAGGACAGGAAAAUGUGUCUCGAGGUGGAAAAGCCAGAAAAUCUUAAAUUCUAUCACAAGUGCGGUUUCAAGGCGAUAGACCAGAAAGCACAACACUUUGAGUGUUACAACGUUCAUCAGGAGCCUGGUUUUGUUAUGUGGGCAAUGUUCUCUGAUUGAAGAACAAGCCGUCGUCAUCUGGUACCUAUAAUAGUCAUGUAAUCUUAAAUAUAUGCCAUGUAUAAUGUUCGAAGCUAAACAUUGGAAUAAAAUCAGUGAACCAAUAAUUUGCGAGAACAUUGGCGAUGUCACCGCAAUUACUCUGCGCCAACCGGACGUCGAUGUGAAGAGAAAAUUGGA